AACGGCGGACAGUGUUUGACUUUUGUUCAGAUUUAGUUUAAUCAUAGCGGUGCUCGUGUUUGCGCCGCUGCUCGGUCCAGCUCGUCAUGUCGGACACAUGGAGCAACAUCCAGGCCCACAAGAAGCAGCUGGACUCGCUGCGGGAGCGGCUGCAGCGGCGGCGGAAAGACCCCGCGCAGCUGUCUGCGGAAGGCGGAGGUAUCACAGAAGGCUCUGCAACUCGGAGCGACAGCCCGGCUCCUUCCGCUCCGUUCGCCUCUCAGGAGGAGACAGAAAAACCGCCGGACCCCGAACUGGAGAAGAGGCUGCUGGGAUAUCUGUCUGAUCUGAGUCUCUCGCUGCCAACAGACUCCCUGGCCAUCACGAAUGAACUCAACAGCUCUGAAACGUCUGUCAGUCAUGGAUGCAUCCAGAGUCUGCUGCUCAAAUUCUCUGCCCAGGAGCUCAUUGAGGUCCGACAAGCCAACUCCGCUUCGUCGUCUACAGUGUUAUCUUCCACUCCGUCUGCCACAGUCGUCAUAGCCGUAGACCACACGAAGCUAUGGGCUAUGAUUGGUACCGGGGCUGGACCCCAAAGGACUGGAGUCAAGAGGAAGGCAGAGGACCAGCCUCACAGCAAAAGAGCGGCAGGCUUCUCGCCCUCUCUCCAGAGCUCUGCUUCUCCGCCUCACUCCUCCACCAGCUCCCUGACGCCGGCUUCCUCCACACAGCUGGCAGGGCCUUCGACGUCCGGCAGCGGGGCUGACAAGAAGGGCCGCAGCAGUAAGAACCCGUCGUCUCACGUGGACAUGGAGAUUGAAAGCCUCCUCAACCAGCAAUCCACGAAGGAACAGCAGAGUAAGAAGGUGAGCAGAGAGAUCCUGGAGCUGCUGAACACCAGCACAGCCAAAGAGCAGUCCAUCGUGGAGAAGUUCAGGUCACGGGGGCGAGCUCAGGUUCAGGAGUUCUGCGACCACGGGACCAAAGAGGAGUGUGUGCGCGCUGGAGACACUCCUCAACCAUGCACCAAGUUACACUUCCGUCGCAUCAUCAACAAGCACACGGACGAGAGCCUGGGCGACUGCUCCUUCCUCAACACGUGUUUCCACAUGGACACCUGUAAAUACGUGCACUACGAGAUCGACAGCCCUCCGGAGACGGAGAGCAGCCUGCUGGGGCCUCAGGUGGGAACCACCGAGCUCAGCCUCCACGCCGGGGAUCCCGACAGCAACGUGGGGAAACUCUUCCCUUCCCAGUGGAUCUGCUGCGAUAUCCGCUACCUGGACGUGUCCAUACUGGGGAAGUUUGCUGUGGUGAUGGCCGACCCGCCCUGGGACAUCCACAUGGAGCUGCCGUAUGGCACGCUGACCGACGACGAGAUGAGAAAACUGAACAUUCCCAUCCUGCAGGAUGACGGAUUCCUUUUUCUCUGGGUCACCGGCAGGGCCAUGGAGCUGGGCAGAGAGUGCCUCAGCCUUUGGGGCUACGAGCGGGUCGAUGAAAUCAUCUGGGUGAAAACCAACCAGCUCCAGAGGAUCAUUCGUACGGGUCGGACGGGUCACUGGCUGAACCACGGGAAAGAGCACUGCCUGGUCGGCGUGAAGGGAAACCCUCAGGGCUUCAACCGGGGUUUGGACUGUGACGUCAUUGUGGCCGAGGUUCGCUCCACCAGCCACAAACCAGACGAGAUCUACGGCAUGAUCGAGAGGCUGUCGCCCGGCACCAGGAAGAUCGAGCUCUUCGGCCGACCACACAACGUCCAACCCAACUGGAUAACUCUGGGAAACCAGCUGGACGGCAUUCACCUGCUGGAUCCGGAGGUCGUCGCUCGGUUUAAGGAGCGGUAUCCAGACGGCGUCAUCUCCAAGCCCAAGAACAUGCAGUGACAGCGUCACAUGUCCGGACAAGCCUGUUUAUAGGCCACUGUUUUCCUUUUUUUCUAUAUCUGUGAACACUUUUUUAAAAAAAAAUAAACUGUCAACAAGA